UUACCUUUUCUAUCGUUUCUCUUUCGGUUUAAAAACUCAAGAUGACAUCCACCACACAGCAAGUUAGUCCAGAAGUUUUGGAACAUUACUAUCUUAAACUAGAAAAGAAUGACAAAUUUCAUUGUUACCAGAAAAAUAAUAAAGACGCUUGCCAUGAGUUGGGCGAUUUCUAUGUGCGUAUGCGCAAGUUUGAAGAGGCUACUUCUGCCUAUAGCUUCAACUGUUAUGUGAACGAGUUUGGUCCAAGUUGUCGUAGGAUUGCAAUGAAGAUGAUGGACGAAGGUGUUCAGAACAAGAAAGAAUUAUUUAACGUCCUGAAAACAGCCUGCGAGGGCCCAAAUCCUUCUCUUGUUUCCUGUACAGACCUGGGACGCAUGUACGACAUACAAGUUUCGAAAGAAGUACGUGAAAAAAUCAACAUUUCCGAUAACUUACCGCGUGCAAUGCGGUACUACGAACGUGCCUGUGAUGGGGGUUGUGCUGCAGGAUGUACUCUAAUGGCAAAGCAUUUAUUAAAUAAAAAAGAAAUGGAUAGGUCAUUGGAAUUCAGCCAAAAAGCGUGCGAAUAUGGCAAUACCCGCUCAUGUUUUUUCUUGCAUGGAGUCUUCAGUGGAAAGAGCAACCUCAUGAAGAAUGUGCCCGUUGACUCAGAAAAGGCAGAAUAUUAUUACAGAAAAAGCGUGGCAGAUUCAAGAGUACUAAUUGAAGAAGAAAAAAAUAAUAUAAAAGCUUAAUGAAUGUGUGAAUGAGGCUGAACUUCUAAUUUUGUACUCCAUCAGGCAUGUAAAUUAAAUAUUUAAUUUCUUAUAGUUGCAAAUUUCUUAAUGUUUUUUGCACCACAGAUUAUUAAAUUAUAUAUAUUUUGGGAAAAAAACAUCUUAGCAUUUA